AUGACAUCGCUGGAGCUGUACAGCAAGGGGGCAAGUGUGUGGAUUCCUGACCCCGAGGCAGUUUGGGUGUCGGCCCUGCUGCUCCAGGACUACAGCCCCGGAGAGAAGAAUCUGCUGCUACAGCUCUCUAAUGGAGAGGAGGCUCAUUACCCAGUGGGGUCCCCCUCUGAUCUCCCACCGCUGGGGAACCCCGACAUCCUGGAGGGGGAAAAUGACCUGACAGCUCUCAGCUUCCUCCAUGAAGCUGCAGUGUUGCACAACCUGCGGGUUCGAUUCCUGGACUACAGCAGCAUCUACACGUACUGUGGUAUCGUGUUACUCGCCAUCAAUCCCUAUGACCAGCUCCCCAUAUACGGAGAGGAGGUGAUCGAUGCGUACAGCGGUCAGGACAUGGCCGACAUGGAACCUCACAUCUUUUCUGUGGCCGAGGAAGCCUACCGCACUAUGACCAGGGAGGAGAAGAACCAGUCCAUCAUCAUCAGUGGAGAGUCUGGCUCAGGGAAAACCGUCUCAGCCAAAUUCACCAUGCGAUACUUUGCUGUGGUUGGAGGAGCAGCACAGCAGACCAGCGUGGAGGAGAGGGUUCUGGCUUCCAACCCAAUAAUGGAGUCUAUUGGGAAUGCCAAAACCACUCGAAAUGACAACAGUAGUCGUUUCGGGAAGUACAUCGAGAUCGGCUUUGGCAGAAAAGGGGACAUCAUUGGGGCAAACAUGAGGACGUAUCUGCUGGAGAAGUCAAGGGUUGUCUUCCAAGCAUCAGCAGAGAGGAACUACCACAUCUUCUACCAGCUGUGUGCCUCCAGAGAGCUGCCGGAAAUGAGAUCCUUUAAACUGGAUGCACCUGAGCAUUUCCGCUACACCAGCCGGGGAGGAGAGAUGCAGAUUCCUGGUACUGAUGAUUUGUCAGACCUGGAGCGCACUCGCAAUGCUUUCACCAUCCUGGGUGUGCAGCCUGACCAGCAGAUGGAGCUCUUCAGGAUCAUGUCAGCUAUUUUGCACCUGGGAAAUGUCAACAUCCAAGCCAGUGGAAGAAGUUCUGACCGGAGUUAUAUUGAUGCAGACGACCGCCCUCUGGCUGUCUUUUCCAAGCUGUUAGGAGUAGAAGGACCUCAGAUGGCCCACUGGCUGUGUCAUCGCAGAUUGGCUGUCGGGGGGGAGAUGCUGGUCAAACCCGUGUCCGGUCAGCAGGCCGUAGAAGCCAGAGAUGCCUUGGCCAAACAUAUCUACGGCCAGCUGUUCACAUGGACUGUCCAGAGGCUCAACUCUGCGCUUCGCACCCAGAGGGGACAAACACAUUCCUUUAUAGGGGUACUAGACAUCUAUGGCUUUGAGACCUUUGACCGGAACAGUUUUGAGCAGUUCUGUAUAAAUUAUGCAAAUGAAAAACUGCAACAGCAGUUCAACAGGCAUGUGUUCCACUUGGAGCAGGAGGAAUACAUCCGGGAAGAGCUGGCCUGGAGCAGGAUUGAGUUCAGUGACAAUCAGCAGUGCAUCAAUCUCAUAGAGGGACAGCUGGGCCUGUUUGAUCUUUUAGACGAGGAGUGCAGGAUGCCCAAAGGUUCAGACGAGAGCUGGGUGCGAAAGCUGUACGACCAACACCUGACCAGCAAGCCCCACCCUCACUUCCAGAAACCACGCAUGUCCAACAGCGCCUUCAUUGUCCUGCACUUCGCUGACACAGUGCAAUAUGAAUGUGACGGCUUUUUAGGCAAGAAUCGAGAUACAGUCUUUGAGGAGCUCAUUAACAUUCUCAAAGCAAGCCAGUCCGAGCUGGUGGCUGAGUUGUUCCAGCAGCGGGGGAAUGUUUCCUCUGUGGCUAAUGGAAGUGUGCACUCAGUGAAAAGAGCCACCAGAGAACAUAAACUGACAGUGGGCUUCCAGUUCCGUCAGUCCUUACAGAUGCUAAUGGACACUCUGAACAGCACCACUCCUCACUAUGUCCGCUGUAUUAAACCCAACGACCUCAAAGAGCCUUUUAUGUUUGACCCGAGGAGGACAGUCCAGCAGCUGAGAGCCUGUGGGGUGCUGGAGACCAUUCGCAUCAGUGCUGCAGGUUUUCCAUCCAGAUGGACGUACGAGGAGUUCUUCAGCAGAUACCGUCUUCUGCUUCAGGGUUCUCAGAGCCAGGAUCAGGCCCAGGCCUCGUGCAGACACACCCUGCCUCAGCUCAUCCCAGACUCAGACCAGUACUGUUUUGGAAAGACCAAAGUAUUUUUCCGAGCCGGUCAGGUGGCUCUCCUGGAGAGGCUGAGGGCUGAGAGGCUGCGUGUUGCUGCUGUGAUCAUCCAGAGCCGGGUCAGAGGAUGGCUGGCACGGAUCAGAUACACCAGGAUCUGCUGGGCAACUGUCACCAUACAGAGAUACUGCAGAGGAGCUCUGGCCAGGCGACUGGCCCUGACGCUGCGCUACACCAAGGCUGCCUUAGUACUCCAGAAGACCUACCGCAUGGUGGUGGUCAGACAGUUGUUCCUCAUGAUCCGACAGGCCACCAUCACCAUCCAGGCCUUCAGCAGGGGCACAUUGGCACGCCGCAGAUACAGACUGUUGGUGGCGGAGCGGGCUGCUGUGUUGCUUCAGGCAACAGUGCGAGGGUGGUUGGCGAGGCGGGGGUACAGGCGAGUACGUGCGGCGGUUGUGUUCAUGCAGUGCUGCGUACGCCGCAGGGCUGCCAGGAGAAAGCUGAUGAAACUAAAGACUGAGGCCCGUUCAGUGGAGAAGUUCAGAGCGCUCAACAAGGGCAUGGAAGUCAAACUGAUGCAGCUGCAGUUGAGAGCCGACCAGGAGGCCAGGGAUGGUGCAGCUGUGAGAGAGACCCUGCAUGCAGAGCGAGAAGCCACCGGUGCUGAGCUGGAGGCUUUGAGGGCGACGGUGCACAAACUAGAAAGCCAGAAGCAGGAGAAGCCUCCGCCCGGCCCCGUGAUCAGCGAGAAAGAGGUGGAAGAAAGAAGGAGAGCUGAAGAGAAAGCCGCCCAGGACAUCCUUCAACUCACACAAGAGUUGCAGGCCCUGCAGAGAGAAAAAGACAGUUUGUGCAGAGAGAGAGAGGAUCUUUCUGCUCGCUUGUUUGAACAAAAGGCACAAGAAGAGUGUGUGCAUCAUGCUGUGUCCCAGGCGAGUGCAGCUCUGAGGGCGGAGCUGGAUGAGGAGAGGAGAAAGUAUCAGGGUCUCCUGAGAGAGUUCACCAGACUGGAGCAGAGAUACGACAACCUCAGGGAGAUGAGUCUGCUCACUGAGCGCACCAAGGGCCACAGAAGGAUGGACUCCGCACAGAGUCUGAGCUUCGAGCCUCUCUCUCCCUCCCCCACCACGCUGUCACCCCCGUCUCUCACCCCACUCUCACCCUUCCCAUCUGCUUUCCCUUUCCCGGAGGAGGUCCGCAGGGUCAGUGUGACGUCUCCCGCCUCGGAGAGGAGAGUGUCAGUGUGGAGCUGCGAAACACCAAUUGAGCAGUUGAUGGUGAGUAUGGACGUGGCCAAAGACCCGGCAGUGAAGAUGAAAGGAGAGGACCUGGCUCAUGCUUACGACGCUGUACGAGUGGCCAACAAGCUUCUGGAGAGCCAGCUGCGUAGCCAGCACAGUCAGAGGGAGGAGGAGCUGGAGGAUCUGAGGUGCCAGCUCAGUCAAGCGAUCUCCACUUCUUCCUCUGCUGCACGGCGACAGGAACCGCAGGAACUACUUGAGGCCAGAGAGCAGGAGUGUGUCAGAUUGAGGAGAGAGUUGAAGGAGCUUAAAAACACGGUCUCCCUCAGACGACUCCUGACACAAGUCCUCCCAUCAGCUUUCACACCAGAGACGUCCUCCUGUGCUUCCCGACCGAAGCCAGCAGCAGUAACAGGUUUGCUUGAAUGCAGGAAGAGAGAUGAAACAAAGCUCGUCAAGAACCUCAUCACAGACAUCCGCGUUGACAGCGCCCUGUCUCUGCCUCCUGGCCUGCCUGCCAGCGUGCUCUUCUUGUGUGUUCGUCAGGCCGACUGCAGCGGAGACCAAACGCACGCACGCUCACUCUGUAGCGCUGCUGUCACUGCUAUGAAGGCAGCUCUGAAGAAACAUAGUAAAGAUGUAGAUAUGACCGCUCUGUGGCUGAAAAACGCCUGUCUGUUGCACGACCUGCUGACGCAGCACUCCCAGAAACGGACCCUUGACUCAGAUGAACUCGCUCCACUGUCCGUUGAUCUGAGUGACUUGACCCGCGCCCUGAGUGACCUCUGUAUCCAAGCCUAUCAGCAGCUCCUCUCCAUCACUGAAAAACGCCUACAAAACCUCAUAGUGCCUGCUCUGUUGGAGAGCGAGACCAUCCCGGGUCUGUCUGGCUCGGCAUUGAAGUUGGGAAUGUCCAGAAAGCGAACAGGCUCGGACCCCAGGACUGUGGGAGGCGACGCUCCCACUAUGGCGGCGGUGCUGAGGGAGCUGGGAGCCCUUCACACCGCUUUGUCCCAUCAGGCUCUGCCCUCGACACAGAUGGAGCAGGCCUUCCAUCAGCUCACCUACCUCAUCUCGGCCUCCGCUCUCAACAGCCUGCUGCUGAGGAAAGACAUGUGCUCCUGGAGUCGUGGCAUGCAAAUACGCUAUAAUGUGAGUCUGCUGGAGGAGUGGCUGCGGGGCCGAGGGCUGCUGACAGGGGGCGCUGUGGUCACACUGGAGCCCCUCAUCCAGGCUGUUCAGCUGCUGCAGGCUGGGAAAAAGACUGAGGAGGAAGCAAAGGCCCUUGUUCGGACCUGCACUGCCCUGUCCAGCCAGCAGAUUGUGAAGAUCCUGACCCUCUACACUCCCAACAGUGACCUUGAUGAAAGAGUCACGCUGAAUUUCAUCCGUAGCGUCCAGGGGCUUCUCAAAGGCUGUUCUGGCGGUCAGCCUCCGCAGCUCCUGAUGGAUGUGAGACGAGUGUUUCCUGUCACAUUUCCCUACUUGCCUCCCCCCGUCCUCCACGCUGAGCAGUUAGUCAUCCCAGACUCCCUCAAGAUCUCGUUUCUACGCAGACCCUAGAACAGUAUGCCUCUUCAGAGAACAUUUGUUAAUGUUUUAGCAAACUUUAAUUCCCAUCCUAUUAAAUUUAGUUAUUUGAAAUUUGAAUAACUUCCAGGAGAUGUUGUGAACUUAAUUCCUCUCUGAUUUUUUUAGUGGCACUAAUGUUUAAUUAAUCUUUUAAUUAUCAGUGGAUUAGUGUGUGCACUGUAAAAGGUCAGAGGUCAACACUGUAACUCUCAGCUAACUAAAACGACAUGAAUGCUAAUGGAGCGCAGAAAUAUAAAGUGUUUCUUUAUAAAAAAGAUUUGCAGAAAUAACAACAUUUCUUAGAGCAGUUUGACAAACAAGCAAUGAAGCUUUUCUUUCAUAUUUUAUUGGAAGCAGAAACACAAUGAGACUGCAGUCCCAGUAACCUCGACCCCCAAUAAGAACAACUAGAAUAAAAAAAACGCAGAAAAUUAGAAACAUCUUGUGUAUAAAAAAAUUCUCAUGCCAGUACUUUGUACCACUACACAUCAUCAGUAAUACAUAUUUAUAUAUUCACAAA